AGUGCCCCAGCCAGUCCCCCAUCUAGGUUUUGUUUAGUGAAACAUUGGAAUUCGUAACAAAUGUAGGGACUAACUAGUCUAACGAUUGCCAGUGCAGUAUGUCUGAACAAUAUUAGUUUCAUACAGGAAUAUUGAUAUUGGGUUCUAAGCAUGACAAUUGUUUGGCUGUUUUGGGUCUUUCGUCAACGACAAAACACGUAGCUAGCAGCCAGUUUACUAACAAAUUAGCUAGCAAGAUAGUUGGCGUGCUAAUUUAGCGGCUAUAGUCAAAUUAAACAGGACGAUUUCACAAUAAAGGGAUCGUGUGAACCUAGCUAACGCUAUUUUUUGUCUUCUGUGAUAAAAUGCCAGUGCACACAAAAGAAAAGAAAGACAGCAACCACGAAGACAUGGAGGUGGAUUUUCCAGAGCAGGAAGGUAGCAGUUCCGACGAGGAAGACUCGGAAACCUCAUCCGUGUCUGAAGAUGGUGAAAGUUCUGAAAUGGAUGAUGAGGACUGUGAGAGGAGGAGAAUGGAAUGUCUGGACGAAAUGACUAAUCUUGAGAAACAGUUCACAGAUCUCAAAGAUCAGUUAUACAAGGAAAGGUUAAGUCAGGUUGAUGCCAAACUUCAAGAGGUGAUGUCAGGAAAGGCUCCUGAAUACUUGGAACCUCUGGCAAACCUUCAGGAAAACAUGCAGAUUAGAACUAAAGUGGCUGGCAUCUACAGGGAACUUUGCUUGGAGUCAGUGAAGCAUAAAUAUGACUGUGAAAUUCAGGCAGCUUUCCAGCACUGGGAGAGUGAGAAACUGCUACUGCUCGACACAGUUCAGACAGAACUGGAGGAGAAAAUUAGACGUUUGGAAGAGGAUCGCCACAGUAUAGAUAUUACCUCAGAACUGUGGAAUGAUGAACUACAAUCAAGGAAAAACAAGAAGAAAGAUCCAUUCAGUCCAGACAAAAAAAAAAAACCUGUUGUUGUGUCUGGACCAUAUAUUGUUUACAUGUUGCAAGAUUUGGACAUAUUGGAGGACUGGACUGCCAUCCGGAAGGCUAUGGCUACUUUAGGACCUCACAGAGUCAAAACCGAUGUCUCUUCUUCAAAGAGUGACAAACACCAGCAUACUGCUCGCUCAGAAGAUGGACGCCUGUUCUAUGAUGGUGAAUGGUACAGUCGAGGACAGACCAUCUGUAUAGACAAGAAGGAUGAGUAUCCUACAAGUGCUAUAAUAACUACAAUCAAUCAUGAUGAAGUCUGGUUUAAACGUGUGGAUGGCAGCAAAUCCAAGCUCUACAUCUCUCAACUUCAGAAAGGCAAAUACACCAUCAAACACACCUGAUGCCAGCUAAAUCCUCAGCAACCACUUCAUUUUUUAAAAACAUAUCCAAGGGUAGCAUUUAAUACUGCCAUUUUGUGUAAAGUGUAGUGCAGUUUAAAGAUAUUUGCUUUCAAACCAAUCUCUUUGUGAAGUGAGUCAUUUAAAGCUGUGUGUAAGGGGAAGAAAAAGUGCUUGUCUCAGUUUGUUGAAUGCAGUUCCUUUUAUGAAACUGGCUCUUGGUGCCCGAACAAAUAACACAUACUUCAGAUAUUAUUUUUCUGCUAAGGUCAGAUCAUUUUUGUAAUUUUUGUAGUUGUUUAUGACCACUCAUCCACCUAUUUAAUGUUUUCAUACUAUUUUUGUGCUUCAUUAUUGUUUUAAGGUGACCUUUACAUUUUGUAAAUACACUCCUCUACUGCCUCCUGGAACAGUGUUACUCUGUUCUCUACACCAUUAUUGAUUUAUAUAUAUAUAUAUAUAUAAAUCAGGUAAUUACACAUAGUGCAAAGUAAUUGUAUGUGUGAAAGAAGUUUACAUUACAAUCAGGAAUUGUGAAAACCAACAUGACAGCCCUUGGACAUGUCCUGAGUUUUGUGGGUUUUUUGUGGUUUUUUUUACCAGUAUUAGUUCUUUUCUACUGGCAGUCAUAAACCUGUCAGUCAUCUACAGUACUUGAGUACUAUCCUUUACUCUGGCCUUACAGUCACGUAAGUAUACCAGUGAUUAGAACCUAAUCAUUUAUGUACAGCCGUUCCAUAGGUUACUCUUUAUUAAAGUUGCAGCACAACUUCAAGAAGCAUUACAGAAAUUCAUCUGGUUGGUAGUGCGUCUUUUUCAUUAUGGAACAACAGCGUCCUCUUGUGCUCUAUUUUUACCUGCAUUUUACGAGUCACUUAAUCACACAGCAUGUUUGACUUUGCUUUCAGAAAAUGGUCAUAUUUUAUAUUCAUCAAUUUAUUAUUUACGUUUCAGUUCAUAGGGUCUGUGUAAUCAUUUGGAGAUGUUCAAAGUGUGGGAAUAAGGAAAUGUGUUUGUGAUGUGACAUGAAAUUUGAAUACUGAAUAAAAAUGAAUGUACUGCAACAAUUUUAUAACUUAUAAAAAAAGCUGAGAUUUUAUUUUUAGUCAUAAAUAGCUACUGUUAAAUUAAUAGCAUAUCCAAGAAUUUUACUGGUCCUAAACUGUCUGGUGAAACUUGUUAACACUUAUGUUUACUAACCCCAACUACAAAAAGAAAUGUCAUGUAAUAGCAAUAGAAAAAUAUUAAAAGGACAAUAAUGA